GAUCUCAUAAGCAAUUUAUUCAUACGAAAUCGUUUAAAACCUUUAAAACCAUUCGGAGUACAUAAAUUACCUCAUGGAAGAAGACACCAGUUAUUACGUCUACAUAACAUUAACACUGAUACCCGUAUAUUUGGCGUUCAGACUUGUACAAUGGAUGGGAUGGGAACUGUUCGUGAAUAAUUGAAGUGAUUUCCUGUGCUUUUUACCCAUAAAGUUGUGAUACUUGAAUUAUUCUUUCGUAUAAUAAAGACUACAUGACUACUAUAAA